GAGAGCGCCGGGGGCCGGGCGAGCCCCUUCCCCGCUCGUCCCUCCUCCUCCUUCUCCUCCUCCCGCUCCCGCCGCCGCCGCGGGCCCAGCGCCCGGUGCAUGGAGAAGCAGGGCAGGAUGGACUGCCCCGCGCUGCCCCCGGGCUGGAAGAAGGAAGAGGUGAUCCGCAAGUCGGGCCUCAGCGCCGGCAAGAGCGAUGUCUACUACUUCAGUCCAAGUGGUAAGAAGUUCAGAAGCAAGCCUCAGUUGGCAAGAUACCUGGGAAACACUGUUGAUCUCAGCAGUUUUGACUUCAGAACGGGAAAGAUGAUGCCCAGUAAAUUGCAGAAGAACAAACAGAGACUAAGGAAUGAUUCUCUCAAUCAAAAUAAGGGAAAACCAGACUUGAAUACGACUUUACCAAUCAGACAAACUGCAUCGAUUUUCAAACAACCGGUCACCAAAGUUACCAAUCAUCCUAGUAACAAAGUAAGAUCUGAUCCACAGCGAGUGACAGAGCAGCCACGACAGCUUUUCUGGGAGAAGAGGCUACAAGGCCUCAGCGCAUCGGAUGUCAGUGAACAAAUCAUAAAAUCCAUGGAGCUACCUAAAGGUCUUCAAGGAGUUGGCCCAGGUAACAAUGACGAUACCCUGUUAUCAGCUGUUGCUAGUGCUUUGCACACCAGUUCUGCGCCUAUCACGGGGCAGCUCUCUGCAGCUGUUGAGAAGAACCCAGCCGUCUGGCUUAAUACAUCUCAACCCCUCUGCAAAGCUUUCAUAGUCACAGACGAUGACAUUAGGGCUUGAUAGAACAAGUGAAUUUUCAUGUAAAAAAACUCCUGGG